UCGGCCCUCGCUGGAGCAAAGAGAGCUGACAAAGUAAAACAAACCCGUGAGGAGGGGAAAAGGGAGGGAAAGAGAGCGGACGGGAUAACGGGGCGAGCAGACAACGCGGUGGGAGCGCACACACGCCGACACAUUUGGAUAAAAUAAGUUCUGCGCAUUUCAGAUAGCUCGAGUUGCCGUGCCUUAGUUGUGUUGUUUUGUCUGCCCGGUCGUCCGUGCUCGUCUGCCACCAGCUAUAAGACAUGAAUUCAUUGGGCAAAUCUUCCAAAUGGCCGUCUUAUGACUCGCUUCCCUCUACCCCAAGCUUCCUCCUCAGCGAGAGUGAGCAGACUGAGGAUGAGGCAGACAUCUUCUCCUCUGAGGGAGAGGGGGAGAGUGGAGUAAGCAAGCCGUUCUCUGAUGCCGAAGCAACGACACACUCUGGAAAAUAUUUUGCCUUCUCAGGUCAUUCAGAUCCGUCAUACUGUGGCUCUGAGAAGGACCAAGCAGAACUCUGUCCUGACAAACCCAAGCACCGCACCUCGGCCCCGUCGCCCCGAGCCGCCACGCUGGGCUCAUCAUCAGCCACACCGGGAGACCUGGCCUUCGCUCAGAAAUGUGCUGAUCUGCGCAGGUUUAUCAGACCUUUGCUUGAGCUUCUAAACGGACUGAAAACGGGCAGAUUUGACAAAGGUUUAAACAGUUUCCAGCAGAGCGUCGCUACGGAUAGACUGCAGAGGAUUGUGGGGAUCCUGCAGAAGCCUGACAUGGGUGAAAAGUACCUGCGAACCCUGCUACAGGUGGAGAUGAUGCUCAAAGUGUGGUUCCCUCAGGUGGCGUUUCAGUCCUCAGAUACUCUGACCCAGAGCACCGCUUCCAGUCUCCCAACACGCUGGCACCAAAACCAGCUCCAUAUCCCAGUGAAGAAACGAAAGCUGAGCUGGUCAGACACUGACCCCGCUGGCACAGUCCCACCCCAGUAUAAACACCAUCAACAAGGAGAUCUUAGGAGCUGCCAGGCCCCACAAGACACUGUUUCCACAUGCCUGCCCGGAGCAGCUAAAAAACAGAAAGGUCCAGAGGAAGUAAAAGACGAACCAGACAAGGGCAACUGGGCAUCUGGACAUGAGCUGACACACAGCACUGGCACUUUAUCCAGGCCAUCAAAGUCAUGUGGCAAGGAAGAAAAUGAAAAAUGGGAAAGGCUGGAGUAUUCUCCCCCCUCCGCCGUCCUCCUGUCUCCCGGCGGCAGCCCUGCGACACAAGACGGCUCGGUGUCCUCAAGCUCUGCUGUUGCAACCGCUGAUUCACCUUAGCUGCCCAUCCUUGCUGCCACAUGGAGGUGCCACGGCGUGCCAGACAACGUGAUGGCAGGGGGCGGACUAGAUGACAUCAGAAUAAAUCUAGGGGAGGAGCUUGCCCUUGAUGAAACAACUGUGCAAAGGCAUGUCAAUCAAGAAAAAGGGGGAGGAGGAGGAGGAAUGCAGAGAGACAUUCAGCAACACCUUAUUACUCAGUGUAACAUUAGAUUACACUGCGCCCAUUGCACUAUAUUAUCAUCAGUUCUCUAUAUUUUGUUGGAAAGGGAGUGUUACUUUUUUAUUCAUUAAUGAGGUUUACUAACUAAUAAGAUGUUGGAAAUACGUUCCAUUUGUGAUGUGAUGAAGCAGUCUGUGCUCCAUUUUGUAUCUUUUUCAUAUCAUGGAAUAGAGACCUAACGGUGUAAGAAAAUCAGAAAUGGAUUAGAUUCCACCUUCCCAGAAGUGAAGAAGCUCACAGCGGCUCAUUCGUGGUACUUUCACAAAGCUGUUUCUGUCGUCGUUGCACAGAGAUCGUUGAAAAAGGCACUUGGAAAGAUGAAAAAAGUGUUUCGCCACCUUAGUGAUUGUAUACCCUGCCAUACUGUGGGCACUGACACACUGCCAAGAAGUGCCAAACAAAACCUUUUUUUUUUUUUU